AUGCGUUCUCUACUCGCGCUGCUGUCGUUGGCGUUACUCUUUACCGCCGUCAACGCCGCCGAGUGCACCGACUCGGAAGCCACCUACGCCGCUUCCUUGUGGGACUCCGCCGCCACCAGCCCGGCCUGCUCGUCGUACGUGACGCAGUUCGAUCCGGUCUACAUCGAUGCCCCGUGCACUGCCACCAGCUGCAUCAGCUACAUGGAAGUCGCGGCCGAGAACCUGCCCGCCUGCACCUACAACGGCGUCAGCAACAAGAUCGAGCUGCAGAACGCGCUCACGGCCUGCAACGGAGGCGACACGGAAGACGCGGGCUCUCCGACGACCGUCACGGACGCUCCGGCCACCACAACGACUACAACCCCCACCCCAACGUCGUCGUCCACUACGGACUGCACGACGGACGAGUACCAGAGCACGGAAGAUCUGUACGACGCAGCGGCUGCCAGUUCGGCGUGCUCCGAGUACGCAACGUCCUCCUCUCUAUUGGUGACGUUCUACGCGCCAUGCUCGGCCACCGACUGUGUGGCUGUACUGACGCAGCUUGCGGCGGAUCUUCCUGACUGUCUGUACGACGGAGCUAACCAGAAGACGGAGCUGACCGACAAUCUUGGUAUUUGCACUGAUGAUUCCACGGGCGAAGUGGAUUCCAGCACGCCGGUGUCGACUUCGAGCGACUCAACGUCGACGACGUCCUCCACGCCAGCGUCGACGGCGUCCAACACGGGCUGCACGUCCACGGAGGUCAAUGAGAUGUGGAACCUCUAUGUUUCUACUGCGGAGAGCGACGAGUGCGCGGACGACUCGACAGUCAACGGCUACAGCGUCUACAUCUUCACCUCUUGCAGCUCCGACUGCGCCGACAAGGUCAAAGAUCUCGCAGAGGCGCUGCCCAACUGCUACUACGACUACGAGUCCAUGAACAAGAAGCAGGACAUGCUCGAGGAGCUGGACGACUGUGACGUGUCCUCCAGCUACUACAUCAGCGUCACGCUGUACCCGGACAGCUCGAUCGAGUUUGCUUCGUCGUCCGCAUCAUCGGCCGAGUCGGGCACGGAGCCCCCUUCGAAUGGAGACACGACGUCCGACUCGGAGCCUCUAGUGUCUGGAGAUCCAGCUGACACAACAUUGGACUCGUCAACCGUCGGACAAGUUGGGGAGAGCGCGACACCACCACGCGCUUCGGCAGGAUUGCUCCAGUUGACGGCCAUCGCCUCGCUCCUGGCAGAACUCAUCCUAGCUUUCUAG